AUGCCAUCCACACCAUGCUUACCCCUGGGAAAAACUGACCCUCACGUGAACAUCGCUAAAAUAAACCCGAUGUCACCGCGAUCUUGUUUUCCUUGCACGCCAAAACUGACGGACUCUCUGACUAAUCGCCUUUCCAUUUCAAACCCGAUGGAUAUUUGGGGGACGGCCAAGCCGUCCACCUCACAAGCCGACUUGGAGUCGAUAUUUGGCGAAGUCAACGCCGACAUCCGGCAUUUACAACGGAAUAACCAGGCUCAGAACCCAGCCACUCCACAAUCCUCAAAUGCUUCCUCUACGUCAAAUUUACACGAAAAUGGACAAGCGUUGCAAUCGCCGUGCUCGCUAGCCCAGUUUAAAAGAUUGCGAGAUCUUUGCGGUGCGAUACGAGAUAUUUCGAAGAAAAACGCCGAUUUGAGGGAAUUGGUAGACCCGGAAGGCCCGUUGAAGGAACAAUUCAAGCAGUUGGAUGAGGCGGCAGAAUUGCAAAACCAGGAGAUCAACAACGAGUUGCUACGCCAAAAAGUUGCCGAGUUGAGGCGUAGGCUGGCCGCUCGGAGGCUGCAAAUUAGCGACGUCGCGCAAGAAUGUGCCGAUCGGGACGUGAGGCUGGAUCAGCUCGAUUUGGAGAUUCAGGCGGCUGAGGAAAAGGCAUCCCUCGCCCAAAGCGCCAAAUAUAAAAUCGAGACGCAUUGCGGCUACGUGAGGGAACUCGUGCUGGACCGCCGGAAAGAAAUGAUCGAAGAUCUUUUUGAUGCUUUUAGAGUCCAGGUUGACCGUAUGGAUUUGACGUACAAAGACGGAAAGCGAACUUGCGCUUGCGUACAUUGUGACUACAUCGCCGGAAUUCAUCUACCACGAAGUGACUCGAUGACCGGCCAUUCCGAGCUUGAACUCUCAGCCGCCCUCGGCCACGUCGUCAGCUUCAUGGAGAAAAUCUUCUGGGUGAUGGACGUCCCGUUGCUGUACCCGAUGACGUUUGCCGGCUCGUUCAGCUGGGUGACGGACCCGAAAAGUGACAAGAAGUUCCCGCUGUACGGCUUUCGCACCAAGACCGAGCGCGCAAAUCUUGAAUUUGCUGUCCAGCUUCUCGAUUGCAACAUUCGGCAGCUGCGGAUACAGUGUGGCUUCGACACGCCCUACUCGAUCGGCACGAUUCGGAUGCUGCACGAAUUUCGGCAAUGGAUCAAGGGGAAAUGGCCAAAAGGCCCGCAACUCGAGCGCCCCUUCGAUUCCAUCUUUUCCACGGCUUCACUAGUUGGAAGAAAGCCAGUUGAUGAAAACGCGCAGGCUAACCAAGUAGCGAAUAGCCUUGUCCAUGCCCUUGACGUCGCGCAGCUGUGUUACGAAGAUGUCCAUCGUAACCCACACCGAGAAAGACACGUGACAAUGGGCGAAGAAGCCGUGAACGUCGAUUUCGACUCGUCGGUGCUAUCGGCUAAUGGUACGAUGAACGGAGAACCACCGGCCGAGAGAUCUCCUUUACCGGAAGAGAUCUCGGAUGAUGAGGACGAUGAAGAGCUGCUCGAGCCGCGUCUUCACUACACUUUACUGCAAAGCACUGAUGUAAUUGAAUUGUACAAAAAGUCCAUCACUUCCUCGAUGGCGUGUCACGCCAAAUUUUUGGCGCUAGGCACCCAUACUGGCCAGGUGAUUGUCAUGGAUCAUCUUGGGAAUGUCGAUAAUUUAAAUAUACCGCCUUAUAAACCUCACCGAAGCCCAAUUGGCCGGAUUUGCAUCGACGAGACCGGCUCGUAUAUUGCGAGUUGUGCCGGGGAUGCGCGAGUGGUGGUGCACGGGAUCGGGACGACGGAGUAUAAUCAGUCGAUCAGCUUGAACACGGCGGCCCGCUCGAUCGCCUUCUCACCAAAUUACGCGAAAAAAGACUCUGGCCAGCGUAUUCUCGUGGGCGAGCGAGAUUUGCUGAUGUACGAGAAGGGGCUGUUGUUUACAAAGCCACAGGUGCUCUUCCGCGGUGCCGAAAAAGACGGCUUCAUCACGGCGUUGACCUGGAAGAAGGCGCUGAUCGCUUUCACAAAUGAGCAGGGAACACGGAUCAUGGAUGCCGUUCUAUUAGCGAAAGGUUCUCCGGCUACAAUAACUCAUGCUCCACCCGGCCACGACGUUUCCCGGCUUCGCUCAACUCGUUUCACGCCCCAGCACUGCUGGCUGGACGACAUGACGCUGGCCAUCGGAUGGGCGGAUAGUGUCACGAUUUUGAAUAUUACGCCCAGGGAUCAGGGAAAACGUGAGGGCAAGAUCAUCUACACAUGGACGGUGGAGGUGGGAAUUUGUGGGAUUUCCCACAUCUUGCCCACCAAUGGCCAGAAAGAUGCGGAAAACGAGGAAACGCCGGCGCCCUAUGAGCCCUGGGGCGAGAUUGUCAUUUUCGGGCUGAAACCCGGGGAAGAAGAGGAUGGAAAUCUGGAGGGUUUCAACGACGUGGCGUCAGUUGCUUCAUUGAGCGUGGCCUCGUCCGGUGCUCCCCCAUCGGCCGUUGUAGCUAUUUUGGAACCAUCAAAUACACGGGAAUUUGAUUUACAGGCCGAAGAUCGAAUUGGCUUCAACACCAAGCCGCAUUCGCUGCCUAUCCACUUCUCGAUGACCGGGUUGCCCGAGUUCAACUCCUACUUUUUGAUGGGCCCUUCACAAAUAGUCACGGCAGCCCCAAAUUGCCCGGACGACGUGGUGCAAUGGCGCCGCGACCACGGCCGGAUCGAAGAAGCCUGGAAAUACGCGCUACAACACAAAGAUGAAAUCACCGACCCGACCUGCUCCCCGGCGGCCAUUUCUAGGCAAUUGAUAGAAGAGCUCCUCAAGGAAGGCCGGGUCAAGUAUGCCGCCAAGUUACUGCAAGAGAUUUGCGGUGAGCAAAAGGAAGAAUGGGAGGUGUACGUGUCGAUGUUUGAGAAAGCCGGCCGAUCGCUACAGCUGGCAGAAUUUUUGCCGAUACAACGACCCCAGUUGGAGCCGGAGUGCUAUGAAGAAAUCCUGCACACCGCCCUCUACCACGACUUGAAGCUGUUCCGAAAGUUGGCCCAAAGAUGGAGCCCCGAUCUGUUCCGAGUCGGAGCCCUGACGGCCCUCACGAUGCAAAGAAUACGUGAAGGAUCGGCCGAUGGAGAAAGGCCAAUGUCUGCCGAAGAGGAGCAAGACCUUUACCAAGCCCUGGCAAACCUCUACGUGGCCGACCGGAAAUACGAUCAAGCUCUGCGCAUCUAUUUCUCGUUCAAGGACAAGUUCAUCUUCAACGUCAUCAGGAAGCACCAGCUUUUUGAGCAGGUUAAAGACCAGCUGACCGAGUUGAUGGUGAUCGACAAGGAUCAGGCGCUGUCGUUGCUGCUCAACAACGAGAUGUCGGUCUCGCCGAAGGAGGUUAUGGACCGGAUAGCCCGAGAUCCAAAGUUGCAGCUAGCCUACCUGCGAAAACUCUUCGAACGUGAUCAAGGCGACGAAUACGCCGAUCUGAUGAUCCAACUCCUCGCCGAUCUCGACCGCCCCGGGCUUCUCCCCUUCCUCCGCAAGAACAAGGCCUACCACACGAGCCGCGCGCUCGAUAUUUGUAGCCAAAAGGAAUAUGUGGAUGAGAAAGUCUAUCUGCUCGUCAAAAGCGGAAAUCGGCGUGAAGCGCUGAACGUGAUGAUACAACAGCAGAAACGGCUUGAUAAAGCUAUCGAUCUUUGUCGAGAAUACGGCGAUGAUGAGCUCUGGUCCCUGCUCGUUGAUGAGGUGAUCGCGUCGAAGUCGGCGAAAAAUGUCAGCCAACUGCUCGAGACGGCCGGUACCUCCAUCGAGCCAUUGGCCAUUAUUGAAAAGAUCCCGCCGGAGAUGCAGAUACCAAAAUUACGAGAUUUGCUGGUGAAGGUGCUACGGGAUUACGAGUCCCAGGUCGUGCUCCAAAAAUGCUGUCAUUUGGCCACCCUGGAGGACGUGACGGUGAUGUUCGACCUCUUCUACAAACAGGCCCGCUCGGCCGCGUAUUAUCGCCCAAGAACAACGUGCGCAUUGUGCGGAUAUCGGAUAUUCGGCGUAGACGAGCGCAAGGAGGACAUGCGACUGUUCGUCUGCGGCCAUUUGACACAUUCCAGAUGUUUUGAUGAUCACAAUCGCCUCUGCGAACAGCGAAAAAUCCCCGCGCUGGAAGCCUGCCCGAUUUGCGUCGAAGAUGACGCGCUG